UGGACCGGCCCCAGGUUGCCCAGGGGAUGGAGGUUAUGCCAGAAAGAGCAGCUCAUCCUCUCCUGAUCUACAAGGGAGCAUUUGGGGUUUGUAUCACCACUUUUGAAGGGUUACCCCAAGUCCUAGCAGCUUGCCUCCUCUCAUUUCAGCCGCCUGUGUCACCAGACAUGUACAGGAGUUUGUACAAGAGAGACUACCCGUGGUGCAAGCAGUACAAGCCACCCAACAAGGAGGACAUGCAGAAGCUGCAGAUUGCAGACUCCCAGCUAAAAGCCAAGGAGUUUGCCGUACCCCGUGAGGAGCGGGCGAUGAUCUACAGCAACAGAGUUGUCGGGGAGAGGAGAAAAGUCAUCCCAGCACCAAGCAGGAAAGCCAGCAGUCGUGCUACUGAUGCAGGAGGGAGGCAGGCAGAAGGCAGUGCCUCCAGCCCUAAAGCCUUGCAGCAGAGAAAGCACUUUACUUCGGCCCUUCCUGGUGCAGAAAUCUACCUGCCAAAGUACUACUCUGCCACCAAACUGGCAGCAACCCAGGCAGAGAAAUCGGAGAGGCUGCAGGCUCUUGCUGAGCGGGGAGAACGAGCUGUCUUAUUGCCAGCGUCUUCCAGCUGCUGCUCAGACUACUGGAACAGCAGGGAUGUUCCUGCGUAGGCAGAAGCUGGCCCCAGGCUGGGUCACCUACCAACAAUUCACCCAGGAGAUGUACCAGACAAGGCAGCAUGAUGCUCAGCAAAACAGGAACAUGAUCCUGGGCUCAUCUGUUUUCGUGGAAGAGUGCUUUGACUUUGACUGGAGAAGUACCUACAAAACAGAUUUCCAGCGCUGGCCAGGAGCCUAUGGUGGAUACUGUAGAGCAAAUAAGAGCCUUUCUCACAUUUUCCCUGAAGAUGAGCACUUAAACCAGAACCACUGGGUAUCUGAGUACAAGGACAGCUACAGCAUUUCCUUGCGGAGGCUGAACCGGUCAUCUCAAAUCCCUGCUGUGGGGCUGUACUCUGGGCUGUCCCCUCGGAAGAGGAUUGCAAUGGGGACAGCCCAGUGAGUGGUGCUACAG